UGCAUCUUCUCAUGUUGGGAUUACAUGAUUGAGUUUUUCCUAUGAUGUCAUUCAGAUUUUCUUCUACUGUAACAUGGUAGCUUUUCUAGGGUUUUCGGAGGACUAGUACAAGGAAUCAAGUAGAGCAGCGUGCCCUUUAUCUCCACUCGGUUUUGACACAUCGAUCGGGUUCUGCUUCUAUGCUCUCCCUCAUUUACACGGAGAUUCUAAAGAUGCUUCGUAUGUGGGGUCUCCUAAAUUUUGACGUGGAGAUUUUCUUCCCUCAUGAUUCAUACAGUUGUCCAAAAGGGUAUCACAAACAAAAGAGCAAGGAAUCUGAUCAAUCACAUAUUAUGACUACACAAACUUUACUAGUGGAGAUGUUGAAAGAUUUGAAGCAUGCUUUCUGGCCAUUUCAACUUAAUCAUACUAGAAGUCUGUUCCUAAGGGCAGCACAAGCUGCUCACUGCUCCAAUGGAUCCAACAACACUAAAGAAAGUGCUGUGGAGAUUGCAUCUGCCAAGGCUGCUCAGCAUAGGCUGCAACGAGGUGUUUGGACCAGUGUUCGUUUUGGGGAUAUGAGACGUGCACUAUCUGCGUGUGAACGUCUUAUCCUACUCCAAACUGAUCCAAAGGAACUAAGAGAUUAUGCUGUUCUUCUUUACCACUGCGGAUUUUAUCAGGAAACACUGCACUACCUCAAGCUGUACAUGGAUACUAAGAAGUCCUCUACAUCGGAGCAAUCAUCCCGUUCAACUAGUGACAUGGAGGAAGAUGCUGUGGAGAAACUAAUGGUUCGACUUAACCUCAUUUUGAUGGAGGGUUGGUCUAGCGACUCAGAUAACAGAAAUUUCAUUUUCAACAAUUCUGAACCAUGGUAACCUCCGGCAUCUAAUUCAGAACUUCCAAUCAUGGAAGUUCUGCACAGUAUUCCUCAAGGAACCUAUGACAUGGAGAAAUUGCUUAUAAGUAUAUAGUGUACAGAACUUAAAUUUAGCUUACGUCUUGUAAUUACAGUGGGUUUUUUCUCAAUUUAUUCCAACCACAACAUAACUGUCACACUUGUUCUUAAGAAUAGAUAGCAUAAUGUCGAAAGUUUGAAGUAAGAUAUCUCUAUAUAGUCCUGGAACCUGGAUUAUACCACUUCGAAAUGAACUAUUUUCAUUUAUUUAUUU